AGCUCGGAGUCUAAAUGGGUGGAGAUUCCGUGAUGCGGUGAGUGCAGCUGCCGUUUGGAUUACCUCGUGGGGAAAGCAUUGCAGCAGCUGCGAUGGAACCAGGACACGCUUGGAUCACAAGCUGGGCCUGGCUACAAAUCUCUCAACAGGCUUUUCUCAUUUGCAUUGCUUGAUCGCCGUGUCCGAUCGCCGGAGUUCAUCGAUCUUUCAGUUCUGUACACCCCCACCCCCCCGUUGAAUUUUACAGACGGGUUGGUAGAGUUGGUUUUUCUGAUCAUCAGUGCGAUGUUGAUGAUCAACCCGGGAUCAUUGACGUUGUGGUCGUGGAGUUGUGGAUUAGCGUGUUUCUGUUGCUGAGUCAAGAAGUUUUUUUUUUUUUUUUUUUUUUUUUUUUUUGUUUUGUUUUGUUUUGUUUUGUUUGUUUGUUUGUUUUGUGUGUGUGUGUGUGGAGGAGGAAGUGCGAGUGUUGCGGUGAGGGGAGAAGCUUCAGAAUCGAAGCGGGAUGGUGAGGUUGGCGUGCUCGAUUGCGAUGUUUGCCUGUGAAGGUGUGUCGGAGGUUGCAUUGCCUGUCCAGGAUCGCCAUAGCCAGCGCUCGGCACUGGAAACUGCCUUCAACGCCUCUGAGGUCAUUGGUCCCGUUGAAUCUGACGAUAGGACAAAUGGAGCCAACUCAAUGCUGGUGGUGGUCGGUCACCGCGGUUGUGGCCUGAAUAGAACCUUUCCUCAUGGUGUCAUCCCCGAGUCUCGACCCUCAGUUCGAGAGAACACCAUCACAUCAUUCAACUUGGCCGCCCGAAAUGGCGCUCAGUUCGUCGAGUUCGACGUCCAGGUAACUAAGGACGGCGUCCCUAUCAUCUUCCACGACGACGAGAUCAUAACCGAAGGAAACACCUCAAGCCACAUUAGCGAUCUUACGCUUACAGAAUUCCGCGCCAUUGGACCUCAAAAGGAUUUCACCAUGGGCCAACUCCUCUAUUCCAGAGCUUCCGACGGUUCGACCCACGUUUGGACCGCCGACAUAGAGGACCACUUAUGCACGCUCGAGGAAGCAUUUACCCAAGUGGAACCCACCGUGGGAUUCAACAUCGAGCUCAAAUUCGACGACUAUGGCAUAACAGCCGAUGCCGAGCUCCACCGGGUGAUCGAUGCCGUCCUGGAUGAUGUGCGCCAGUACGCAAAUGGCAGAGUGAUCUACUUCUCCAGCUUCCACCCUGACGCUGUCCAAAUAGUCCGAAAGAAGACCCUCUACCCGGUGUUUUUUCUAACUGACGGUGGUACCUACACCUAUCAAGAUCCCAGAAAAAACUCAAUCGAAGCAGCCAUUGAAAUAUGCCGCGAGGGAAAUCUGCAAGGGAUUGUGAGUGAGGUCAAGGCUGUGCUGCACCGGCCGGCGUCGGUGGCGCUUGUGAAAGCUGCAGGACUUUACUUCUUCACAUAUGGCGAAUUGAAUAACCUUGGAGAGGCAGUGCUCAAGCAGCGAGAGUGGGGCAUCGACGGCGUCAUCGUGGACCAUGUGCUGGAGGUGGUGCGAGUGGCGCAGCAAAUGGAGGAACCUGCUUCCCCCUCGGGUGCCGCUCUGGCCAGGAGGGGUGUUGCAGUGGUGUGAUCAACAGACUACACUUCCCGAACAACAAAUAGUAUUCCAUUCGCUGACUAGAGCUGUAUAUUAGCAAAUUCUUUUGAGGGUUUUCGUUAAUAUUCUCACUCUAGAAUAAGGAUUCUGCACCUAUCGAAGCUGUGGAUACUGCACAGAUUCGUGGGAUUGUGGAAAGUUCAUGGAUGUUCAGAACUUGAGACACUGUCUAUUAUGUGGGUGCUCACUGUCAUGCACUAAAACCCCAUUAAAAAAGGUUCAUGUUCAUUUUGUAUUCUAUAUAGAUAGAUAGAUGGAUAUAAAUUUACCAUGCACAAAUAGUUCAUCAUUUUUUAA